AUGGACUGUGGUAACUACAAGGGAAUUAAUCUAACCGAGCAUGGAUUGAAAGUUUCAGAAAGAAUACUGCAUGAGAGAUUAAGAGAAGUUGUAAAGAUUAGGGAACAGCAGUAUGGAUUCAUGAGAGGAGGAAGGACAGCGGAUGGCAUCUUCAUAGUAAGACAGCUACAGGAAAAGAGGCUAGAAGGAAACCAGGAGCUCUUUUGUGCAGUUGGGGAAGUAAAAAGCUUUGAAGUUAGUGUUGGAUUACACCAGGGGUCAGCAUUAAGCCCAUUUUUGUUUGUGCUGGUCAUGGAUGUGUUGAGUGAAGAGAUCAGGAAUGAAGAGCUGUGGGAGUUCUUGUAG